AUGGCCUUUCUGGAAAUCAAGCAUAUAUCCAAGUCCUCUUUGAACAGGAGCAAACAGCAGAUAAAACUGGCUGUCGAGUGUAGGUCCAAACCCAGCUCUCCUUUGGUUCCAAACAUUCAUAGAACUCAGAGAUUGCUUCGGAUACCCGCUCUCAAACAAGCAGGCGAUUUUAACCUCUACUCCAGCCUGCUUUCACCAAACCAUGGCAGACCCAUUCGCUACGAAAAACGGUGA